AUGUAUGGAGAACAAAAUUCCAGGGAUUCAUAUUCUUCCAGCGGUUAUUUUUAUAAGAAUAAAAAAAAAAAUUCCAGUAGUGGUAAUAGUGGUGGUACUCUAUUUUUCGAUGAUAAUAGUAAUAAUAAUAAUGAUUCUCCAUUGAUCAAUAUAGAACCGGUGAAUAAAGAUGGAAAACCAAACAAGGAAUUAAUAAUAUUAAAAAUGACGGAAAAACUUAAAAAUCCAGAAUUGAAAAAUUUCAUACAAGAAUCCGUCGAAGAAUGUUUUCAAAUAUUAAAUGAUAACAAUAACAAUGAGAGAAAUGAUAAUAAUAAUAAUAAUACAAACAAGGUUUGCAAAUGGGCUAAGAAUUUUGCCAUGUGUAUGGAAAUCAAAGGAAAAGACGUGAGUUUUAUUUUUCCUAUUGAAUGA